ACGGAGCUCCGCCCCAGCCAGAGCCGGCACCAGGCGCUGCCCUUGAUGCCGCUCCCGCCAAGGGGGGGCCAGCUUGCACAAGCGCGAGGCGGCAAGAAGCGGGAUCAAGGGGCGGCAUCCCGGAGCGGGAUCAAGAAGUGGCAUCCUGCAGCGGGCUGCCUCGCAUCGCCGGUCCAGCGCAUCGGUCCGGCCCCGGCCCCGGGGCUGAGGCGGAGGCGGGAUCGCUCGCGGUGCGGGCGCGGCGGGGCCGAUGUCGCUGCCGGCCGGAGCUCUGCCUCGGGUGGUGGUCGUGCUCUCGUUCUCCGUCCUGGUGAGGGCCCGGGGCGCUGCCCAGCGCCGCCCCGCCCACAGUAAUUUAUCUGCAAGCUGUUGGUCCUGUCUUCGUCCUGUAAACAUGUUCAACAGUUAUAACGUGAAGUUCCACCACAGAAAAGCUCUCACCUCCCCAUAUCCAGGAUCACACAUUGAGCGUAGCCAAGUUCCUGAAGAUAAAGUGGGCUGGCUGACUGAGUGGGAAGAUUAUAAUCCUGUGGAGUACACUGCAAAGUCUGUUUUGGCCAGACCCAAUUGGGCAGAUCCCCAAAUCAAUGAUGAAGGUUUUUCUCCCAAAUUCAAUGAGAGAGAUGGAGAAGUGGAGAGGAAGAGUCUGAAUGGCUUGUAUGUGGUUGAAAAUGGGAGACCCCGUAAUCCAGUGGGAAGGACUGGCCUCACUGGCCGAGGAUUGUUAGGGCGCUGGGGACCAAACCAUGCUGCUGAUCCUGUUGUAACCAGGUGGAAAAGGGAUGGAAGUGGCAAUAAAGUUGCUCAUCCAGUUUCUGGCAAGAACAUCUUGCAGUUUGUAGCCAUCAAGAGGAGAGACUGUGGGGAGUGGGCCAUUCCAGGGGGGAUGGUAGACCCAGGGGAAAAGAUCACUGCUACUCUGAAGAGAGAAUUUGAGGAGGAGGCCUUGAACUCUCUGCAGAAAUCACCUGAGGAGAAAGCAAAACUGGAGAAGCAGCUCCAGAAGCUGUUCAGCCAGGAACACUUUGUGGUGUACAGAGGAUAUGUGGAUGACCCUCGUAACACUGAUAAUGCCUGGAUGGAGACAGAGGCUGUGAACUAUCAUGAUGAAACAGAAAAAGCUGUUUGUUCUGUAGAGACUGACGUUCACUUCCAGACUUCCAGCUUCCUUUGGUGAAACAUAUCCCAUCUGUCUUUGCUGAAUCAAGCACUGGCCUCUGUCCCACUCCUACUUGAAUUCAAGCUACUGUUCUGAAACUGAAAGCUCUCAGCACAAAGUAAGCCCAUUUCUGUAUAACUGACAUAAAAAUUUGUGCACUGCCUACAAAUGUUUCUCACUAACAAAUUACUAAAUCCAAGGGAGUGUGGAAAGGAUGCUCUGGGAACACAGGAUUAGGCACAAGCACAGUUCAGUCACAGGAAAUCCUGUGCUGCAAAAGGCAGAAAAGAAAUGCAGACCAGCAGGUUCCCCAGUGGCAGAGAGUUGGGAGUUACAUGACAGCUUUUCUUGGGGCUUACCAAGGAGAGCCUCCUCAUUCCUGUUGCUGACACUUUCCAUCUCACCAUGGGAACUGCCUGUAGUCUUAACCUGCACAGUCACAGAGGCAUAAGCAGAAAGUUGUGGUAAAUCUUGGGAAGAAAAAAAUACUUGGCCUAAUUUUUUUUCAGAUCCAAAUACAGAGCUGACUGAGGCACAGUUUGCUCUGUUUUGCUACGCAAAAUCUGUGAGAAGAGCAUAAAGCCUCUGGUAGAAUUACCAUGCUCUUGUUAUUUGGGGAAAAAAAUAGAGUAGGAGGUGGAGAGAGAGAGAGAGAAAUAGAGCUCAGUAAGGCCUGAGUUUCUUAUAAUUGUUCUAUUAACUCUAGUCCUGCCUUUUCAAGCUGUUCACUUUUGUGUAGUAGCAUUUAAAAUCUUUGUGAGAGAUGAGUGAACAGGCUGGCCUAGUAAACUGGAGACUGGAUUUCAGGUUUUGCAUCUGUGUAUCUGUGUUUAUUUGUGUGUUUCAUUACACACCCCACUGGAUCUGGAGCUCUUAUGUGAAUGGUGUUCACUUCCUUUCUGGUCCAGUUCACCUAAGUGCUCUGGGUGCAGUGACACAGCAUGAACCAGAGGAAUAGUGAGUAUAAAGGGAGAUGAGACUUCUGCAUAUUAAGAAGUCAUCUGUUUUUCUCCAACAGGUCAUUUCAAUCAUCAGGAAUUAAAUUUAGAACUGGUCCGUCUCCCUCUUUUUGUAGUACUCAAGUUUUAUUUUAAUGAUAAUUUACCUUAUCUUCACUGUCCAUUGAAUUCAUGUUCUGAAUGGAGCUACUCAUUUUCAGUUGUUGCUUGUUGUCAGAAUUGGGUGACUCGUGAUCAUAAUAAUCUUGUUCAGAGUGAGCAAAGUCUUUAAUCUUGACAAUUUGGUAAUCCUCAGUCUCUCUGUGAACUGCAGUGUCAUCUUCAGUGGUUCCUUCUCCUUCAGGCUUGGUACUGGUCCUCUCCUGGUCAUUACUCUGGAUUCUCUCCUCUUCUUCAUUGGCUGUUUCUUUCGAGGUACUGCUGAGAUACUCCUCACCAUCAAUGUCACCACUGUCAUGACUGUCAUCAUCAUUACUGUCUUCCCUAUCUUGUAUUUUCACCACUGUAUCAUGAUCACUCUGAUAGUUCAGUUCAAUGCGGUAUUUUCUCUCUUGACUUUGCUGUUUGCCAUCCUGAUAUUCAUUAUGGGUUUUUUGAGAGAGGGGGAUUUCUUCUUUAUAGGACUUCUUCCUGUUCUCCCUCUCUUCUUCCUCUAGGUCGAAUUUCUCACUGUGUCUUUUGUUUUUCCAGGUUAGUUGGCUGUAAUCUCUCAAUAGUUCAUCUAAUUGCAUGCUGUUCUCAUGUUGCUGUCUAUUGUAUUGGUCACCUUGACAUGUCUGAUGGUCUUUGUGUUUGUGUCUCUGUAAUCAGUUUCUUCACCCCAUUUCUCAUCCUCUUCUUCCAUGCUUUCCUCAUCAUUGCUUUCGCUGUUUUUAUUUUGGACAGGCCAACAGCAUUUUUGUUGUAUUUCCACAUGUUAUGCUCAUGAUGAAGGCUGAAAGCGCCCACUGGGUGUUCUGCAGGGCCUGGGAGGUGUCGGUUUGCUGUGUUCCCAUGUUUCUCAUGUUUCCUGAGCUGGUUGUGCUCAGAGCUGGACUGUUCUCUGCCGCUGCUCCCAGAGUCACUGUCCUGGUUAUCAGAGACCAAACCUAGUAUGUUGUGCACUGCAAGGAAAUUGAUGCUUUUCAGGCUGUUUUUUACUUGAUGCUUGCUCCCAGUGCUUUCUUGUUUCCUCAUGGUCUGGGGCCCAUCCCUGUCUUCAGAGCCUGGUUUUAAGUUUCUGGGAGUGGGCAGCAAAUCACCCUUGUCUACAUACCCUGUGCUCUCUUCCUUUGAAGCUUCUGGAUGAAUAUAUUCACUCUUAAAAAUUUUUUUUAAAUAACAGAUAAAUAAAUCUUAGGAUUUAUUUUAAGCUGAUGCAGUGUUAUUUUUGCCUUGUAUUGCAAAGCAUGACACUGGCUUUAUUUGUUUUCUUUGUAUUGCUCCUCUUAAACUAGCCUAGAGCAUGACAUUAACAGCUGAUGUGCCUUCUCUUUCUCAGAAAAUCUGUUUAUCUGUCCCUUCUUUUAUUGAUGGAGUUUCUGGAGAGGUCUGUGCAACUCUGUUUCAGAGACAGAUGCAUACGGGUGUCUUGUGAGAUCUCAGAAUGCUUAAUUAGUUUUUUAGUCAUAACCAUAGGCACUUGUAGGCUGCAGUAAUUAGCACUUACCUCAGAGAAGGGAGAUGCGAAACAUUACUUCCUGCACAGAUAAGGGAAAAAUAAGGGACCUGGGAACAGAGGAGCAGGCGAAGAGAGAGUACCUUUCUCAAGGUGUUGUGGUAGUAAUUCCUGAGAAGUGCCCUGCAUUGAUUUUAUAAUCCAUAUAUAAAUCUACUUUGAGCCCAAUAUAUCAUUACUUCCUAGCUGAAGUCACCAGGAACUAUUGUGUGUGGUAACAAUUAUUAGAUCAACAACAGAUGUUUGAGUGCCUUUUUUUACUUAAUCUGUCAAGACAAUAGCAAAAGUGGUACCUUCAGUGGAAAUCAUUCAAAUGCUUGAGGAGAAAGCAGGUACUAAAAUGACUGUCAGGCCUUGCUGAAGCAAUUACCUUUCUGCUGCUGUGUGUGUUUCUGAACAACAUCUAUCUAUGGAUGUUCAGUGAUGCUUAUUGCUUACAACAAUAUAGGACCUGAUGCUGAUAUUUCUUAAAGCUUUUGGGAGGUUUAAUUUGGGAAGAAUGGGCCUUCUCACUUGGUCCAUCCGAGUUGCUGGAAUAGCUUUUUCUUUUAGUUUGACUGCUUGGAAACAAGCACUCUACUCACAAGUGCUUAUAUUUAUUUUAUUUUUAAAGGUAGGAUUGGAAAUAUUAAUUUGAUUCUUGUAGAUCAGCUAUAUCCUAUUUCCGAAUGUCAAAGUGGUAUCUUAAUGUUUUACAAUUUUGUCUUUUGCCUGGUGUCCUUGCUGAUGUGGAAAUAGUACUGGGAACUAUAUUCACUGUGUAAAUUCCAAUUCUAACUUUUUCAGGGGAAGAUUGUAUGUCUAACAGAAUCUAACAAAAAUUUACUGGGGAGUUUUUCCAAAGUUCUACAGAUUCAGAAAACACAAGGCCAAACAGUCUUUAAGAUUUUCUGUUGUGGGUACCUGUGCUUGAAGCAGCAGUUUGAGAAAGAUUUGACUCAUGUCUUGACAGGAAGCCUUGUCCUGCACCAAUUCUGCCGAGAUGUGCCUGGAUACAGCUUCCAGAUGCUGCUUUCUGUUAUACCUUUGUCACCUGGGUAAAAUCAGCUUAGAACUUAGGUGCUACUGAAGGAACUUGAGCAAAUUUCAGUCACUAUCUGUGAUCAGAUACUGUGGGGGAGAGCUGGCUUUUGAUAGAUGAUGCACAUACUUGGAACUGAUGAUUCAUUGGCUAUUGCAAGGUUUUUUUUUUGAUGUAAGUGUCUUAUGUGUGUUAUUUCUGGUAGACAGCUGUAGGAUGCAAACUAAUCUUUAUACCAUUUCCUCUACUGGAUACUUCUUUAGGAAAAGUUAAUUUUUUGUUUUCAUAGUGCAGAGCAUGAUCCAGAAUGUUAUGAAAUGUAUCUGGAAGCAUGAUCUGACCUUAGUAGUUCUGAAAUAUCUAGUGACUUGGAGACAAGAUCCAUUUUGUCUGAGUCACAAAGGCUCAGUGCAAUAAAAAGGAAUUUUUAUUUGGGUCAGCCAUGAAUGCAAAACUAUGGGCUUCGUCAUUAGCACACAUAUGUUGCAUAGGGAGGGCUGGUGAAAUCCUCUGUCUCAUUGCCAUCAGGGCACCUGGCCUGUCAGCCACAGAGUUCUCUGCCAGGAUAAGCUGUGUCUAAUGCUCUGCACCAUGAAUAAUGAAACAUAUGGUGGCUAAAAUUCUUACAUAUUUGAGACUGCAUAUGAUCCCCUGGUGUGAUAAAUUGAGGAUUUCAUCCUCCUCCUAUACUGGCGCUGUAAUAACAACAAUUUUGACUGUCACUGUCACGUGCAAAUACGGGUAAUGAUGAUAUGUGGGGAUUCAUUUAAAGUAAUUUUGUAAAUAAAUGAAACUUCCAUUUUGAGCUUUAGAUUUUGUCCUGUUUGCAAUAGUUAAUAUGCAAGGCAUGAGAUACUUGGCAUUAAUUCUUGAGGUGAGAGGGUCUCAAGUUUUUUAACAUAAAUCAAUUUGCCAACCUAUAUAUGUGGUAAUGUGUUUUUAUAUUUAAGAUUAAUAAAGUAAGUUACUUCCUAUUGUUUAAAGAACAAGAAGAGUACCUUUUCUGGAGCUUUCUGUCUGUGAAUUCUCAGCUUGUGGUUUACAGGAUGGGUCUAAAAAAGACAAAUAUAUGAAUAUCUGCACAUCCAUAAGCAUAGAAUAUUCUCAGAAUGGGAAAUUAAGUGACAGAUAAUAAUAGCAUGGUGAGGACUUAUUGAAAUAGCAAAAACUGGUCCUACAAGACAAAGAAGAGGGCUACAGCCUUCAUGUUUUCCAGAUCUUGUAGAGGACAAUAAUUAAUGGUUCAGGGGUAGGGCUUAGAGGUUUCCUUUCUGCAAGAGACAUGAAAACAAAACACAUUAGGAUUUGGGUAUAAUGACAUAGAAAUGACUGAUGGAAGCAGUGUAGUGGUUCCCGUAAAUUGUUAAGUCUAGAGACCCACAAAAUUGUUAUGCAGUGUCCUGUAAACAGAUGUGAGACCAGCUUAACUAGAGGACAUUUUAGUCUCAGUUCUUUGACAGUGAUUAAGCUAUAGGCUGUGUUCAAAAACUCCAGGUGGGUGUUACUGAGAGGCAGAGCUGUGAAUGGACAUAGGUUAAUUAUUUAAAUACUUAAAAAUAGUUGUAAGUAUUUAUCCACCCCUAUGAGAUACCACUUUGUGAAAGAUGCCUCUUUUUUACUGAGCUCUAAGGCAGUGCCUGUUUGUGGCACCUCUACGGCUGGCUGCUUCCCUCUGUGUCUGGUAGGAAGAAUUAAGUAGUGAAAUUCUGCUCAGCAGGUCUCCAAGCUCAGAAGUGCUGCCCAGGCUGCUUGAAGAAGGGGUGCAGUCCGGCUUUGGAUGCAGUCCUGCUUCUGUGUUUUCUUGGAAAUUGUCACCUGAAGUGUACACUUUUGGAAGAGCCCUCUGUUAAACAUUGUUUAAUGUCACUAUCUUUCCUUAAUGAAGGUCAAAAUACUCAUUAGUGGGGCAUGUCUUGUAUGCAAUCCAUUUUUCCUUGCAGUUAGUCUCCAAAUUACCUCUUGACUAAAUAUCUAUUAUGUCUUGGCAUUCACAGUUAGUUGUCUAAGAUGUUCUCAGAGGGAAAGGCAGAAUACAACAAAAGCUAGUAAUGAGCACAUGCAAAAUGCCUCACUGGACUGGAUAUGGGCAGUCACUUCAGAUCAAGGCAAGUGUGGUUAGACUGAGGAUUAUGCAGGCAGCUUGUCAGAAAUGCAGGGCAAUAAUCCAAUUUCAUGUAAAGCCUUAAAAACUGCAUACUGUGCUUUUUGAAGGCCUUGCAAGUGACUGAGGAAAGAAGGAUUUGAAUGUCAGGUACGCCAUUUCUUUCUGUUGCUGGUGAGCAACACAGACCUGGGCAUGUCACUUAACUGAGUUUCCUUCUUUAAAACUCUCAUUUGUCAUAUUUGUUUUGUUAAACUAGUUUGAGGGUUAUAAAUGAAAAGUUCUCCAUGUUGUGUUUAAUUUAUGAUUGCAAUUGUCUAACUUGGCUUGUCUCUGUCUGUAAAAGUUGCCUCUACCACCUUUGCUCAAAUAAUCAAAAACUAGUUGGAAUAAAUCUGAGUUAAGGUGGCAGGACAGGGCUUUUGUAUUUUUUUUUAACAGCAAGCCUGCAGCAGACCAUAGGAAGUAUAAGUUUUGAAUUAAGUAUUUGGUCUUGAAUAAGUGUUAAAUUAUUAGAGAAGGCUGACCACACUGAUUGGAGUGUCCUAUGAUGGAUUGUGAGAUGAUAUUUUUUACACUAAGUGGGAAGGCACUUCAUUCUUGCUUUAAUUUCUAAAUAUGUCCUAAAAAAGAGAAUUUUUAAAAGCAAGCUUUUGUAACAUAUAAGUUUAAGAGAACUGUCAGAAAGGAACGAUUACGCAAUAAGCUUUUUUUAAAAAAUAUGAGCAGGGAGACAUCUCUCUGGGAAAAUGAAAUCAUUAUACUCUGCAGGAGAAUCUGUAGGAAGACCUAGCCAAAAGGUGAAUAGGAAAAUUUCUUGUGUACGAUGGGGUUUUUGACCAAAAAAUGAGUAAUUUAACAGUACUUCAUCUUGGGUUAUUGAGCAAGCAAUGGUGACAAGGGGUACUGGGUUUGCAUGGCAAGGAGGCUACAGGCUGCCAUUCUAAUAGUGUCUGCAGUCACUUGAAAUACUAAUCAAUUACAUGAAUUUUUAAUAAAAGUAUAAGUGUGAUACUUUUAAAUUACAACUGGUAUAGCACUUUCCUGUUUCCAGAUCUGUUUCAAAAGCCCCUUGUGAGAGCAUGAGCACAUUAUACAUGUAGAAGCUGGUUCAUGUGUGCACACACAUAAAACUGAAAGGCAGAUUUUGAGGCAGAUUUCUGAUCUGAGUAAAAGAAGAGAUCACAAAAAGAAAAAGAAAUUAAAGCAUUAAAACUAUUUCACUCCUUCUGUACCAGUAAAUAGUUGAUAAUGAGAAUUGAUCCUUCUGAUGCUGCCAGUUUUACAGCUGCAAAAGCCAUCGGACAUAAGUCCUUGAUGGCUGACUGCAACAAGAUCAAAACCAAACCAAAAGUAUUUCAGGACAAGUUAAAACAAUUUUUAACAAACCAUUCACAUUAACUUACUGUAAUUGUUUAAUCUCUUAUGUUUCCUUUCUACAAUUUCAUUUUAUUUUAUGCUUGUGUAGAUCUUGUUAGAUCUUGAGUUUUUAGAGUUCUGGUGGUUUUUUGGUUUUGGUUUGUUUUUUUUUUUUGGACCAGAGCUGUCUGUAAUUUAAGACCAGAUCAAGUCACAAUGAGCUACUUUGAUUUAAUUUGAGGAGGAUCAAAAUGAGACUUACCUAUUACGCAGAAUUAUUUUGAUAUUAGUUGGUGGGUUUUGUCCUCUCCCAGAUCCUACAUUUCUUUCAAGGGCUCCCUGUUUGGUACAUGCUUUCACUAGGUCUACCAAAACGUUUUUGAAAGGUUCCUCCAAGACCAGCCAGCAUUUCUCUCUCUUUCUUUUCCAAUAGGAGAAAAGAAGGUAAAUCUGGUUUUUUGGCCUUGUCUAUCAGACUAAGGUUCUUAAACUGAUAUUUCAAGAGACUGUUGAAGUGUUGGGAAAUUAGGUCCCACUGUGGCUUUCAGCUGGACCACUGUACGGUUCCAAAGGAGGUGUGUGCUUUUCUUGGCUCUUGUUGGCCAUAAUGCUUUAUUGUUUUGCAGGAUCACUGGAAAAAUAAUUAUUCCAGUGGUAAGAUAAGGGUUGUAUUCCUAAACACAGCAACUACACAUUGUUUUCUCUUACAAAGGUCAUUUUCUGUUCUAGACAUAAACAUCUGAAAUGUGUUAUCCUUAAAGCAGAUGACACUGUAUGAAAACUUCAGCUAUUUUGUAGUCAGUAGAAAAAAUUGCAGAGGGUUAGAUAUAAAGCAUUCUAAAGUUUUAAUUGAGAAUAAAGAAGAAACAGUACCAUAGCAGUAGAAGAGGUGCUCCUUCUUGGCCUGCCACUGAUGUACUGGAAAUCCUUGAGCCUUGCAAAAUGUUGCUGCUUUUCCUGAGAUGUGUUUUGGUGUCUGGAACAGAUCUUCUCAGCAUGUGCCUUGUGCUGCAAGUGUCAGUGAAGGGGGAUGGUACUCUUUGGGUCUUGGUUGAACAAGGAAUCCUAGGAUUCCAUGGGACAAGGUGGGGGGCAAUGGGCUGGUGGAAUUCUGGUGGAUUGGUUGAAUCAGAAAGACAAUUUAGUGCUCAUGGGCUCUGGGCCACUGGAGCUCAGCGGUUGUGUGGGAAAGACAUACUUAGUGAUUUGCAGGGAGGGGGGCCAAAGGGAGCCGAUGCGAGAGUUUCUGCUGAAUCAGCUGCUCCCAGAAGAGCUGAACCAAGAGAUCUGCUGGGGCAGCCACGCUGUUGGCUGGGAAAGUGGAGCACAGGGGAUGCCAGUCCCUGCUGAGCUGCCCAGUGUUGUUUCAGUAUGCUUCACACGGUGUGUGUGAGCCUGCAAAAAAGUAGAAAUUCUAAAUUAGGUAUGUAAAACCCAGUAUUGGUUGGAAACUCUUGCCUAACUCUGAGGAGUUUGCUGUUUGGAAGCUGUUGCUAUGGCUGUGCUGCCUGUCUGCUAUAGGGACAAUGCAGAGUGAGCUGGUGAGGAGUGUGGAAACUCCAUGAGCCUCUGCAGCAGAGGCUUUGUGGCUUCUGGUUCUGCAAGCAUUAAUAAGUUUGGGCGUUUUUUUGGUUGGUUGGUUGGUUUUGUUUUGGUUUUUUUUUUUGGGUCAUCUCAUUAUUCCAUAAAAUGCUCCACCUGAGCUGGAAUACUUUCAGAAAUAGUGGAGGGGAUGCACCAAUGUAAGAGCAAAGGCACUACCGCACUUCAGUAGUAAAGGCAGCAAUCCAGUCUCAAAUUCCACAUUCUGCCAAUAUCCUCUCUUCCUAAGGAGGACACUUUACAUAUUGUGUUGACGUGAUUAGAAGAGAGGUUGAAGCAAAAUCAAAUGAAGUGUGCGAAUGGUAAGAACUGUAAUGCAAAUGCUGAAAAUCCAGUCACUUUAGAUAAUAUUUUAAUUGGUUCUUUUUAAGGUUACAGUUUUACUGGCUUCUCUUCUGUUCACCCAAAAAGGUAAUAGACAUUGUGUGUUGAUUAGAAAAAAUACAGUAAGAAAUGUACAAAAAUUUACCAUGUUUUAUGUGGCAAACUGUGAAGUUUAUAGUUAAUAAAAAAAAAUUUAAAAUAAACCAAAAGAGCCUGAAAUCAGAGCUGAGCCCUCACUCUGUAGACCAAGCAGAAAAAAAACCCUUUGACAAAAGUCCAUGAGAAAUUCUUAAAAUCCUUUUCCCUUUUAUCUCUGCUUCUCUUCCUGGAAACUAAUCCAUGCCUAUUGGAGUUGAAAUUCUGCUUGUCUGUCAGCCAGUUGGUGUCUGAAAGGAGUGGGCAUUAUUUCAGAACUUCCCAUUUGUUUUUUCUUUUGUUGUGCAUGCUGAAAAGAUGAUUGGUUUUAUUUAUUCAAAACUCUUUGUGCUGUACCAUCAGAUUAGCUUUACUGGGUUAUCAAAUAUAAGUGGCUCUGCUGUGAUUUUUCAAUGUUUGAGAUAUGGAUGGACUCUCAGCUAUUAAAAGAAAACUGUUUGGGUGGCAACCCUGAAAUUAGGACAAGUACAGCAAUGUUAAUUUUAUGGUAACUAAAUAUUAACUCUUUUUGUCAUAAGAUUUUCUAUAAUGGCUAUUAACCUUGCCUUGAAGUUCUUAAUUCACAGGAAAAAAAAGUGCCAGACUCUGAAGAACUGUGCAGAAACUUGAAGUGGAAAUUUGUAGGAGUUUGAAGGUUAUUAUUGGAAAACUGUAUGUGAUUUGUAGGCUUUGCCUGAUUCUGCCUUUAAACAGCUUUCUUGGGGCUUGCCAGACAGUGGGGAGGAAACAUUUUUGUUUUGAGAAUAUUGAGGAAUUAUUGCUUAUCAGAGCUGUUACAUAUUUACAAAAUACUUCAUUAAGCAAAAUUUUCUAUCUUUGCUUUUAAUGACAAAAUGCUUUAGUUGAGAACAUCUCUGGUUGUUUUCUGAUGUCAGUGAGAGGUCGGGGCUUGUCUUGGAGCCAUCAGUCCUAGUGCUCCAGUCCUCAGCCAGUCCCACUGUGUCAGGCAGUGUGCUUUUUGGAAACCUUUUCAGUGGAGGAUUAGUAAUUCUCUCACCAGAAAGAUGUGCUGUGCUAUCAAGGUGAAGUAUGGGGGGGGAAGAGGGAAGGCAAGCAGUUGCUGAGCUAAGUGAAAGGGAGGAUAUGGAGCAAACAAUAAAGAUUAAACAUAGAAGAAAGAAAACAGAGGAGUACAGGGAGGUGAAAAUUUUUGAUUUAUCUGUUACACUGUGGCAGCUGCUAGACAAAA